AUGGAUAAUGCUGGAAAUAACAAUACAGCAAUUGCUGCUUUUAAGAAAAAAAUGAUUUCAUGGGGCACUGAUGUGUCUAAAUGUCAGUUUUUACAUAUGAGGUGUAUUGCACAUGUCAUAGAUUUGGUUGUUUCUGAUGGCUUAAAAGAGAUGAAUACUUUUGUUAAAAAAAUUAGGGAUUGCAUUAGAUAUAUUAGAAACACUCCAUCUAGACUUAAACAAUUCAAUGAUCUUGCUAAAGAUGCUAAACUUGGUACUAAAAAGAGUCUCUGUCUUGAUGUUGCCAGUAGAUGGAAUUCCACUUAUUUGAUGCUAGACACUGCCUGUUUGUUUAAGUCUGUUUUUGAUUCUUAUGAAGAGGUGAAUGAAAAUUUUAGGAAUGACAUGAUUAAAAAUAUUCCUAACAUUCUUGAUUGGCAAAUUGCGAAGAAAUUUGCUAUUUGUUUGUCUUAUUUUUAUGUCACCACCCUUCGCAUAUCUGGCUCAUUAUAUAUGACCUCAAACAUGCAUUUUUUGGAGAUAUGUGAUUUGCCAAUUAUGUUGGAUGAAAUGCUUUUCAAUGAUUUGCUGUUUUCCCGUAGCAAUUUGUUUGGCAAAAUUUUUAGUAGAGCUUUAUUUGAUAGAGUCAAGUCUGAAUUGUAUGCCUUAUUUGAUGAGUACCAAAGUGCAUACUUGACUAAUGUUAGUGGGUCUAGCUUUCAGUUAAGUUCUAGUCAGCCAAUAGAGGGACAUGUUUCUAAUCAAAUGCCGAUUUUGAGUCCCCCUCUUGCUAAGAGGCAUACUUCUUUAAUAAAAGCCAAAUUUGUUGAGCAUAAUAAAGGGCAAGCUGAAACUGGGCCAAGAAAAUCUGAGUUGGAAACUUAUUUGAAUGAGGCCCCUAUUGAGAAUGAUGAGGAUUUUAGUAUCCGUAAAUGGUGGAAGCUUAAUGCUAGAAGAUUUCCAAUCCUUUCGAGGGUGGCUCGAGAUAUUCUUGCUGUCCCAUUUCAACAGUUGCCUCUGAAUUCGCAUUUAACACUUCUGGCAGAGUGCUUGACUGUUUUAAGAGUUCAUUAA